UGUGGAGGGGAAGUGAAAGUUUGGACACAGCAGAGCCGAAGUAGGACUGGGCAAACAAAAAGGCUGUUCGCAAUCUGGAAUUAACAACAGUAAUUAAAAAUGGGUGUGACUCUUCUACUAUUGGUCACUUUCCUCUCAGUGACAUACGCUGACAUAACUGGACCAAGUGCGAAAACCGGAACGGUGGGAAAUGAGGUUGAAAUCGACUGCAAGUUUAACCCAUUUUUCAGAAGCUAUCAGAAGUACUGGUGCAAGGGAUACUACCGCAGGACCUGUACUGUUUUAGUACAAACGCAAGGCCCUGAGAUGAAAAGUGGAGACGGCAGAAUAACAAUUGCAGCUAACAACAAAAAAGGAGAACUUACAAUACGAAUAGAAAGAUUAAGAAAAAGUGAUGAGGGUUGGUAUUGGUGUGGAAUAGAUAAACCUCAUCUUCUGGAUCCUUCAAGUGCUGUAGAACUGAAAAUUCGUGAAGUUCAAAAGUUACUUCCUUCAGACAAACAAAGACUCAGGCUUUUCAUAAUACUUGGACUAGUCUUUGGAAUACUAACUAUGGUGUUUCUCGGACUCCUGGUACUAGUUAUGAAAAAAGUGAGAAAGCAGAAAAAUAAAGCUCUGAAUGAACAUAUGGAUGGCUGCAAAGUGGAAUUUAAAGGGAAGCAGGCAAUUGAAGGGCAAGAGACAGAUAAGGAGAAGGAGUCAACUGCCGAGAAUUCUAUUCCGAAGUCAAACUCUGCGCUCUCCAAAGAGAAGGAAGCAGGAGUUACCUACGCCACUGUGGCAAUUCAGCCUACUGGCCACCCUCAGGAAGACUCCGCCACAUACGAUAAUGUGAACCCUUCCAGCAGCCCGGAGGAGAACAAGCCAUCAGUUAUCGAGCCUCCAGCUUCAGAGCCGAUAGAGUAUUCUACAAUUGCAUUCAAAAAGUAAAAAUUCUUCUCCACCUAACGUUUGACCCGUUUUCUGCAGAACAGCGUCCCUGUAAAUCAUAACUUGCUCCAUUUGGAUACGUUUAUCACUUUGUGCGUUCUAUCCAGCCACUGCAUAUCAGAUAAGUCACAGAACAUAAUGCCAGAUUUUCCCAAUGUGUACCCAUGCCACGAAUCCUAGGCACGCAUUUGCCCUUUGAACUUACGUUGGGUGGACAGAGAGAAUCUACUUCAUUUCAUGAAGGGCUCAGGAUUAAGGGGAAGUAAGUCAGAACUCAGUUUUUCAGGGGAAAUAUUAGACAUCAUUUCUUCACCGAACAUGGAGUGGAAAUAUGGAAUUCUCUCUCCCAAAAAUCUGCUGAGGUAUGCAUGCUUAUGGGGUGAGGGGGGGAGGGGAUGUCAAUUGAAAAACUCAGAACAGAGAUUGUUAGUUAUUUAUAAGGCUGGGUGAUCUGGAUCCAAGAAACAAAUCAGCCAUGAUCCAACUGAAUCACGAAUCACGGAAUGGGCUGUAAGGCUGAAUGACCUUUCGUAACUGAAUGAGCAGAUGGGCCGAAAGGCCGUUUCCGUGCUGUAGCGUUCUAUGACUCUAUAACCUACUUUUUCACCUACCUACAUAACCUAAUAGUCAACACUGACUUCCUAAGUAACUAGAAAGUUAGUCUCAGACAAACAGUCAAAGCCUUUUCUCUGAAUCAGGGACAGACAGAAAGAUAAAGCUCCAUUAGAUGAGAAGUGGGGGAGUGAAGGGAUGAAACACAAUAACUAACAGUCAGUCCCUAAGUUUUUCUCUGGUGUCUCAUGUACUAUGGCUGUGCCAUUCUGAUACAUAGUACCCCAGAAUAGCAUGCAAAAAGGUGCACAACUAUAAUUUCUUCCUGAUUCUUCACUAUUUAAGAUUUAGUUUAUCUUACACCUAACAGUGCUUCAUUGCCUGAAGGUAGUGCGUAUGCUUGCACUUCAUGUGAGUUAGAUACUACGACUGGCGUUCUUCACUUCAGGUUUUGUUCUGUGUUAAAAGUGCUCAGAUACAGUAGUCACACUUGAUUUACUGUGGUGCAGCAUCAUGAAACACCUCCUCACACUCUGUUAGCCAACUGGACUGUCCAGCCUUUUGCUUCACUGCCAGCCUCCAGGCUGAGCUGCUGAUAAACAAGAGGGGUUCCGAACAACUGUCCCAUGAGACUUGUCAAUAUUGCCUCUUGGUAAAAGCCUCUUUCAAAACUACACUUAAGUACUGCAAUUGUGAAUGACACACAUACACAAAAUGCCAGAGGAACUCAGAAGAUCAGGCAGCAUCUAUGGAGAGGGGGAUCAGCCAUUCUUUCUUUAUUCCUCUCCUUAGAUGCUGCCUGACCAGCUGAGUUCCUCCAGCAUUUUGUGUGUCUCUGUUGUUCUGGAUCUCCAGCCUCUGCAGAAUCUCUUCUGCUUUUGAGUUGGAAAUGAGAUAUGAGCGCAAAUGGUCACGGCAAUUACCAUGAGUCAAUAAAAAAAAUUGGCUAGUGUAACUGGAGACAAGUUAGUAACCACAGUUCAAAAUGGGUGAUAUUGACACGUAAUUCUUGGUGCAGAUGCGAGGGCAUGUUGCUAUUAGCACUGGGCAAUGCAACUGAAAGGCAUUAACAUAAUUUGCAAAUAGAGUUGUCAAAGAAUGGUGAUGAUACCAUUGGCUACUGCAGUUGGAAUGAAUGGCAUUCUCACUAUUGGUUGUCACAGCUGGCAAUAAGGGAUGCUUACACAAUUGUUUCCUGCAAUUGGGGAUGCAAAGUGUCGAGACUAAUUAUGACUGAAGUGAGUAAUUGUCCGUGAUAGUAUUAAUGUUUUCAAUAGUUGAUGAAGAGUAACAUUGGUUACCAUUCAGUUGGGAAUUAGUAGUGGUUGCAGCAACUGGAGCUGAGUGGUGUUAAACCAGCUGGUUACUGUGGUUGGUGGUUACAUUGUUGUUAAAAUAUGUUAGAAAUCAGGGGUGUGAACACUAUUAGUAAGUACAGCACUGAUAAUGCCAUAAACACAAGCGAUUCUGCAGAUGCUGGAAAUCCAGAGCAACAGACACAAAAUGCCGGAGGAAUCCAACAGCUCAGGCAGCAUCUAUGGAAAGGAACGAAGAGCCGACAUUUUGGUCUGAAACCUUUCAUCCUCUCCAUAGAUGCUGCCUGACCUCCAGCAUUUCGUAAGAGAUAAUGCUAUUGUCAGUUACUGCAGUUGACAAUUAAUUGCCAUUUACACUAUUGUUUUCCUAUUUCAAGUUGUUAAUGGGAAAUGUUUGGAGCAUUAGUUACUGUAGUGAGGUAUAAGGGGUGUUAGUAAUAAUGGUUUUCAAAACUGGGAAUGAGUGUUGAUAAAAGGGUCUCGGCCUGAAAAGUCAACUGUUCAUUCAUUUGCAUAGAUGCUGCUUGACCUGCUGAGUUCCUCCAGAAUUUUGUGUGUGUUGAUUUGGAUUUCCAGCACCUGCAGACGUUCUCAAGUUUAUUAUUUACUGUAGUUGGGAAUGAAUUGUGUUACCAUCAGUAAAUAUUGCAGCUGGGUAUAAAUGGUAUUAUAGCUAUUGUUUACAGAGUUUGGUAGUAGGAGGUAAUAUACCAUUAAUUACUAAAUUUGGUAAUCAGUGGAGUUAACACAAGUUGUUACUACAUUGGAAAGAACUGGUAUUAACACAAUGAUCUCGUGAUUUCAUGGCGUAUAUUACACACAAACUCUUUUCGGGCUUCUAGUUGGGUCAGGUGUCGAUUUUAAGUGACACUUCAAUGACAAACUCAGGGAGUCUGUCAUCGAAAUAUCGGUUAAAAUUGACACCUGGACCCUGCUGGAAACCUAAGAAAUGUUAAUGCAGCAUUGACACAACUUGCUAUUCCAGCCCUGAAUGAGUGCUGCUCAUAUUCUUCAUUAGCACAUUUAGAGAGGAGUAGAAAUUAGACUCUUGGUUCCUACAACUGGAUGCCAUCCCCAUCUUGCUGUAACCAAUAACUAAGCAGCAAUUAACACACAUUGCCAACUGCAGGAACCAAGAGUUAAGAAUUUACAGCUGAAUAUUGCUAAAGAUCAUUUGUACUACAGUCAGCAAUGAUAAUGUGCUUGGGAAUGUAUUGUGUUAGCACCACUCUAUCACAGCAUUUGACGAUGAGUGGUGGCAGCCUGAAAUGAUUCUCAGUGACACUACACAGUAGCUCAACUGAUCAUCACAAACACAGAUUCUGCCGAUGCUGGAAAUCCAGAUUAACGCAGAAAAAAUGUUGGAGGAGCUCAGAAGGUCACCAAUUUCCUUGGUGUUUCUCAUUUUUCCGACACUUCCUUUAUGUGGAGUGUUGACUUAGCAAAGAUAAUGUUCCUUAAUUUAAAAUUAAAGCAACACUCUCAAAAUAACGGAUAUAAAUGGCCCUCCCACACCAGGAUGAGUUCCAUCCCGGAAAUCUUGAAUUCAAAUAAUUAAAUAUUUAUUUCCCAGUAAAUCUUUGAUCAGCUUUGUUCCAGUACUGCUCCAUUUGCAGAAAAGACAGAUAAAUGGGAGUUUUGAGCAGGGAAGACAUCUGUGAAAGAAUAUUUUUCAUCAAUCAUUUUAGAUUAAGCAGGCCAAUGAGGGGGCAGAAUGAAGAAUGCAUCGCAAAAUGGUGUGGUUAAGGUUGAUAACCAGUUUCCUUAAGAAUAUAAGAGAUAAGGGACAAAAUAUGUAGUAAUAAAGAAAAGCUGUGCCUGGGCUGGGGUGAGACUCAUAUGAAACAUAAACAUUUGAAAGGCCAGUUAUUCUUUCAUAACUUCUAUAUUGAAUGGUAUAGUCAGAAAUUGAAUCUUCACAUGGUCUUUAUAUUGAACGCAGUCUGAUUAUUAUCCUCAAGGAACAAACUCCAACUAAUUUCACCAAAAAUCAAACUUGAAGUAUUAAUUUGUCCGCAGUUCAACAUCAUGCAUUGCCCACACACAUCUGUGGAGAUUUACAUCUGCAAUGUGUAAAAUGGAUUAUUUAAGAAUUAACAUUAAUAAACCGUUAACGUAUAACUCAGAUUGGAAUUGAUGAGGACGCCUGUGUAAUACGACAUAAUGAUCACCAAUUAGCACCGUUGCAAGAUGCCUUCAAGUGGAAAGCCAAUUGGCAUCCAGACAAUAGGAUACUUUAAUCACCGAAAAAUCAAGUAGAAUGAGUUUUCUUUUAAUUUAAGUAUUAUAAUCUUAGACUAUGUAGUCAAAACCCUUUGCCUGGCUGAGCAGCAUGGCUUAUCUGUAUGACAUUGUGUCUUACAGUGUAAGAGUGUAAAGAAGAAACAUACAGUGUAUAGUGUAAAACACACAAUCAAUCAGAGGCAGGGAAUGAACUGAAUCUUCAUAAUUUAUCAUGUAGGGGAUCUGAGGCUUCAUUGAAUCUAUUAGCUGUGUUAGAAUGGGUAACUGGGAAGAAGACAGCAUUGCAUUUUAUGCCAAGUUAAUAAUAAAUUGUAUUCUAAACUCUUUUUGAGCAACAAAAAGUGUUCCCUGAUGCAUAAGCAGCACUGAAGUCUGCAUUUCUGCAAAAUGAGACUUUGAAAUCCGAUUUGUUUUUGUGCAUUUUCAUCUAGAACUUGACAAUAACCCAUAGAAUUAUGUUUUAAAAUGUCAAAUGUAAUAGCUACUGAAUUUAAAACAUGAAAUCUACAUUCAGUUGUUUAGAAAUCAGAAUAUAAUUUACCUAAUGUAUUUUCUAUAGUACUAAUGACAGGCUAGUUUACAUUUUUUAAUCUAAUUUCACAGCUGAAAAAGGAUUUACUAGUCUCCAGUUUUUUUUAUUAUUUGUGGGAUCACUUUUCAUGUUUAAAUGAUUGUGCUAUUCUUUACUUCCAUGAUGAUAUUAAAAUUUUA